AUGCCUCUCGUUUUAUUUCUAGGCGUGCUCGAAAAUGGCAUCCCCGAACCAGUCCGCCAACAUGGCCGUACAAUAAUCUACACCAUCCUCGUCCUCACAUUCCUUACCCUACUCAAGAUCUGGACAUCCGGUCGCAACAACCCAACCCAACGUCUCCUCCAUGGCAAAGUCGUGAUGAUGACGGGCGGAACGUCCGGUAUAGGCGCUUCAACAGCUUUAGGACUUGCAUUGCAGGGUGCGCAGCUGGUUCUGCUCACUUCGUCACCCCCGACCGAUCCGUUCCUCGUCGAAUACAUCCAAGACCUUCGAGCAAAGACGAAUAAUCAGAUGAUUUAUGCGGAACAGGUCGAUUUGACGAGUUUUCACAGUAUUCGAAAAUUUGCGACCAAGUGGAUUGAUAAUGCGCCUCCGAGACGAUUGGAUAUGGUUUAUUUGGGUGCUGCUGUUCUUACGCCCCCUGGUGGAAAGAGAAGAGAGUCUGAGGAGGGUAUCGAGGAAACUUGGAUGGUCAAUUUCUUGGCCAAUUUCCAUCUACUCGGCAUUUUGAGUCCUGCUCUUCGUGCGCAGCCUAUCGAUCGAGAUGUUCGAGUUAUUAUCCCUACCUGCUCUUCCUACAUUGGAUCACCACCCCUCAAGGACCCUGUUUCUCGAGAAUCAUGGACACCGGGCAAAGCCUACGCUCGAAGCAAGCUUGCUAUGAACGUCUUUGGUCAAGCUUUCCAAAAGCAUCUCGAUUCUUAUGAACGUCCCGAUAAAGCUCCCAACAAUACACGAGUCAUCUUUGUCGACCCCGGUCUGGCCCGAACCCCAAGCACUCGUCGCUGGUUGACUCGUGGAUCUCUUUGGGGUUUGGCCAUCUACACUGCAGGCUACAUCGUUCCCUGGUUCCUUUUGAAGUCUCCCAACAUGGCCUCUCAAUCCAUUCUCUACGCCGCCAUGGACCCCGAAUUCGCUCGAGGCAAUGGUGGAAAGCUCAUCAAGGAGUGUAUGGAAGUCGACUUUGCACGAAAGGAAGUCAAGGAUGAUGAAAUUGCCAAGAAACUAUGGGAAGAGAGUGAUAACCUGAUCGAAAAGGUGGAAAAGAUUCAGGCCAAGAAGAGAGCUGUUGAAAAGGCCGCCGAGGAAAAGGCUGCCAAGGACAAGAAUGAGAAAGAGAAGGAAGCUGAAAUUGAGGAGUUAGUCGACGCUAUCAAGAAGGGCAAGGAAAAGGCAGCGGCCAAGGAAAAGACUGGCGCUAAGGAAAAGUCUGGCAAGAAGAAGGGUAAAAAAUAG